AUGGUGAAAAAGGCCAUCUCCAAGAUGAAGUCGGAAGCAGCUGGACCAUCGGGAAUAGUAGUGGAGAUGAUCAGAGCCGCAGGUGACACAGGUGUAUCCAUGAUCCGUGACCUUGCAUCGUCAAUCGUCCGUGAUGACAAGGUCACCACUGACUGGGAGCAGUGCUUCAUUGUAUGCCUCUACAAUGGCAAGUGUGGUGCUCUGGACAGGGGCAACUACCGGGGACUCAAACUGACAGAACAAGUAAUAAAAGUCCUGGAGAGGAUUGUGGAAAGCCUUAUUAGGCAGUUGGUGACAAUCGAUGACUCCCAGUUUGGCUUCGGACCUGGCAGAGGUACAACUGACGCAAUAUUUGUUGUUCGGCAGCUGCAAGAAAAAUAUCUCGUAGUAAACAAACGGCUCUAUAUGGCGUUCGUGGACCUCGAAAAGGCAUUUGACAGUGUCCCUCGGAAGGUGAUCAGUGAGGAGUUUGCUGUGAAGGUCGGAGUCCAUCAGGGGUCAGUACUCAGCCCUCUGCUUUUCAUCAUCAUACUCGAGACUCUUUCACGCGAAUUUCGCACCGGUGUUCCCUGGGAGGAUCUGUAUGCGGAUGACCUGGUUAUCAUUACUGGCUCAUUGGAUGAAUGUGUCAAGAGGCUGGGAAAGAAGCUAUGGAAAGGAAAGGACUGA